AUAGGAAUCGGUGUUGUUUUUUAUGUAGAUGGCGCAAAGUGCUUGUAGCGAAAGAGUUUUCAGCAAAGCAAAAAGAUUUCUUUUGUCAGAAAAAUAAUUCACAAGUAAAAUUCAAUUCCAACAAGUUGAGAAUAGUUUUGGUGAGCAAAUAUUUAUCCAUUUAGCAUUUUGAAUUAAUAAAAUUUUAAAAUAUAUCGUUUGUGUGCGUUGAAUUUGUUAAAAAAUUGGUUUGUUGUGAAUGUGUGACUAUGAGUGUAUGCCUUGCAGGCCAGCAAAAGAAAACCAAUUAAACGGGGAAACUAAUAGCUUAUUUUCAUCUAUAUUAUUGUCAUUCUGGCUCAAUUCCCAAUAUUUUUAAUUGGAAUAAGGUUUAUGAAUAGUUUGCUAUUCUAAGUGAUUUUCUAUUGUCAUCGUGCUAUUGUGCAUCAUAAGAAAAUGUUUAGGUCCGUGUGGUUCCGAGACAGAAUUGCGUUGUUUCACCUGAAAUUUGGUUUUGCCAAAGAAAAAAACAAAUGGCAAAUUUUUGGGUGCAAACAAUAAUACAUAUACGAAUUUAGCACCUAACAUUCAGUAAUAUGUUUGAAGUAUUUGAAAAACGAAAACAGACACAUGAAAAGUGAAUCGCGGAUAAACAAUGAGUCCUACAAUUGUCAGGCUGUAGACAUUGGCUUAAGAAGGAAAGAGACGCAUCCAAAAAAUACGAAAAAAAAAAUUAUACGCACUUUUCAAAAAAUAGUAUCCGAGUGUAAUCGCGGGUGAUUUCAUUGCACAAACUGCCAAAAUUUGCGAUUUUUCUGGAAAUUUUAAUGAAAAUAGUUCGUCUAUUCCAGAAGAUUACUGUUUCAAUAGCGUGGAUCGACUUAACUUCCAUCGAUCCGUUUGAAAACCGCUACAAUAAGCCCAGAUAAAUUACAUAUUAAAUUCGUCGCUCAUUAAAGAAAUUUUAAGGGAAGUUGCACAUAAUUGAUAGUUCGAAAAGUUGAUUUUAGUGGCAACGCAACGAAAACCAAAAGUCUUUGCAAAGUUUGUGUGUGUAUAAAUUUAAUCAAUCGCGUUCGAUUGAUGUACGUGUUUUGUAUCAAUGGCAAACCUGAACUUUCAACAACCGCCUCGAAGUAUAGCAAAUUCGUCAUUAAGUAAUCGAGGAGGCAGCAUCGGUGCGGCUUUUGGUGGCGCAGUAAAUUCAGGGCAUGUAACUCCAACGUCCGGGAUGUUUCAACAGAAUAAUGCAGGUUUCGGACCACCUUCACAACUGUCGCCUAAUCGAGGUGGUGUACAGCUUGGUGGUGUGUUCAAUCAGACGCUCGGUAGCAACAGUGCCAGCAAUACAAAUCAACAAGCGCGUGCAAAUCUGUUUGGUCCUCGAACAAUGAAUGACCGAAGGCAAAUGCAAAACCUUGGACAAAUGACAUCAAUGGGAUCAUUUAUGCCGUCAAGAGGUUAUGUUGGCCAAAACAGCAACGCUGGACUGAGUUUUCACUCUGUGUUUGGUAAUAAUGAUACUGGAACACCACCGCUGUUAGAUCUCUCUGAAUUUCCGUCGCUGACAAAUGCCCGAGGGAACGAUUCAAUGCCGCAAUCGAACAUCAUUCAAACACCGGGAAGUAAGCCAUACGUGGGUAUGGUGAAGCAACCAACUGCCGAACAAACAGAAUUUCAAAUGUCCAAUGAAGACUUUCCAGCGCUGCCAGGAACACAGCUAAAUGAUUUAAUGUCGUCUUCUUCGUCACAACAACUAAAUUUGAACCAUAACAUUGGCGGUGGAUCGAAUGUUGGCAACAGUGGAGAUGGUCUUGAUUGUGCGAAUGGCUCAACACGAGAUAUGGAUAACAAAUCGCAUCAUCACUUGUCCAGUGAUCUGCAAGGAGAUUUGUCCUCAGCUCAAGACAAGGCAUUUAAACGUGGCAUUCAAACAUCACCUGACGGAAUGGUCACAAACAUCCCAGCAAGUAUGGUAAACAAUCAAUUUGGCAUGGUUGGUUUGCUAACAUUUAUCCGAGCGGCGGAAUCGAAUCCCAAUUUGGUGACAUUAGCUAUGGGACAGGAUCUGACUGGCUUGGGAUUGAACUUGAACUCUCAAGAAAAUCUCUACCCAAGUUUUGGUGGUCCAUUCUCAGAUCAACCCGGGCGACCACAAGAUAUAGACUUUCCCGUAAUACCGGAAUACUUGGUUAACACGUCGAUUAGAGAUAAACUAUCAACAUUGUCACUGAAGAAAUACAAAGACGAAUUACUCUUUUUCUUGUUCUAUACAAAUGUGGGCGAUUUUAUGCAAUUGGCUGCCGCAGCUGAACUGCACAGUCGAGAUUGGCGAUAUCAUACGGAAGAAAAGGUGUGGAUAACACGCGUACCAGGUCUCAUAUCGCAUUACGAGAAACACGGUCAAACGGAACGAGGUACAUUUUACUACUUCGAUACACAAAGCUGGCGAAGAGUACCGAAAGACUUUCAGAUCGAUUCAACCAAACUGGAAAAGUGUCCCAAUUUGAAUGCGUAUAUGAGUAUAAGUGGACAGUCCGUAUAACAUACCGCAGGCACCUUGUAUCCAUACUCAAACAUGCGUUGAAAAAUUACAAACAUGGAAUAUUGAUAAAAAACAGAAAAAAAGAAAAAUGAUACGAGCCAAUCACAACAAACCCCAAACACAAGGGACAUCAUUUUUAAAAUUUCAUAUGAUUGAAUAUCAAACAAAAAAUUGAAAAUCAAAUGAAAAGGAGAAAAAAAGUGGAAAAAAUAAAAUAAAUCAAGUGUAACAUUCAAAACAAA